UAAUAUCGACAAUUGGAGAGAUAUCAAAAUCAUUAUUAGAGUCAUGGACAAACAAAAUGAUAGUGUUAGGCUUGCUAACAUAUUUCUCGAUAAUAGCUUUAAUCUUCUCUUUGGUAUUCUCUUCUUUGCCUUCGUCAAUAACUUCGACAAGGCCAGGUAGAUCAAGACAGCUUAAGGCUGUUUUGUCUUUAGUGUAGAUGUCUACUAUGAUUUCUUUAUCAGUAACAAUAAUCUCCCCAAGAGGUUUCUCAGAAUUGUGAUUUAAAGCUCUCUGUUUAUUUUCUUCAUUAAUAGCUUCAUUUGAAAGUCUUUCGACUUCUUUUCUUACAUCCAUUGGGUUUUCAGUUUUUAGGUUUUCUUGCACAAUAUAGUAGUUCCUCUCCACAUUCUUAUGAUGGACUUGAUAUCUAACGCAAGCUUUGGUUGUCAUGCUUUCUCCAGAUGGCAUCAAAUCAACUCCAAUGAUAUUGGCAUUGACUGAGCUUUUACCACUGCCUUGCGUUCCAGCAACAACUAUCUGGGGUAGACUGAUUUCCCCUUCAAGAUUUUUAUUCAUAUUCAAAUAAUAGAGCUCGAAGAAAUUUUCCAAGAGCUGAUUAUUUCUCGCAGUAGAUGGUUCCAUUAUUUUUUAA